AUGGCUGUCGCCGCUGAAGGCAAGAAGCCUGGCAUGGCCAAACGCAUCUUCUUGAUGCUGGCGCCAGACUCAGCAAAAGAUGAAGACGGUCGUGACAACUUCAACUCACGAUCUCAAUUUGUUCUCUGCGCCAUGGGUGGUGCCGUCGGUUUGGGCAACCUUCUUCGUUUCCCCUCCGUCGUCUUCAACAACUAUGGUCUCCAAUUCUUCAUCCCCUACUUCUUCGCCCUCUUCCUCGUCGGUAUUCCCAUUCUCAUCCUCGAGAUCACUCUUGGUCAAGCUUAUCGCGGCGGUUGUGUCAUUGCAUGGAACAACGUCAACCAUCGUGCAAAGGGUAUUGGUUUCUCCAUGGUCUUCAACGGCUUCAGUGUCGUAGGAUACUAUGUACCGAUCUUGGCUUUCGCGAUGGCCUAUUUCCGCAUGUCGUUCCAGAGCCCUCUGCCUUGGGACGGUAAGGACACUAUCAAAUUCUUCAAUGAGGAAGUUGUUCGUAAUGUCGAUCCCAUCGGCGGAGAGGAUGGUGGAAUGCUAUCCUAUCCUGGCCGUGGUAUUGUGGGCGAGACAUUUGGCUGGUGUAUGAUGAUCUGGGCUGUCGUAUGGAUGUGUACUUUCAAGGGAGUCGGUCUCACAGGUCGAGUCAUCUAUGUCACCAUGGCUUUACCUCUCUUCCUCAUCGGCAUCCUCGCUAUCCGCUCCCUUUCUCUCCCAAACGCAUCCGAUGGUUUCAAACUCUAUGUCGGCGAGUGGCGAAGCGAGUCCCUACAGGGCCCUGGUGUGUGGCAGGACGCUUUCGGUCAGAUGUUUUUCUCUAUUGGUGUUGGUUUCGGUUACUUCACAUCUUACGCCUCUUACAACAACAAGUACGCCAACGCUGUUCAGGAUGCCUUCAUCAUUGCACUGAGUAAUUCGGCCAUCGAAAUCAUCUCUGCUUUGGCCGUCAUGGGUGUUGUCGGUUUCUUGGCUAUUAACCCUGGCGAGGUUCCGCCCCUGUCCACAUUUAGCUCCGGCUUUUACUACUACCCUGAGGCUCUUGCUCAGAUGCCUGGAGCCAAUUUCUUCUCUGCUCUGUUCUUCCUUACUCUGGUCCUUCUCGGUCUUACAUGUGUGUUUGCUCUAGCCGAGGUUCUCGUCACCAUGCUUUGCGAUAGUGACCUUGGUAAGCGAAUCCCUCGCUGGGUCAUCUCUACCUCUGUCAUCCUCUUGGGUGCCCUCACUGCCCUUAUCUACAGCAGUGAAUUUGGCUUCGCCACUCUCGAUGCUAUUGAUAUGUGGGUCAAUGACAUUGCCCUCUUUGUCACUGUCUGGUCUGAGACUUACAUGGCCUGUACUCUGUACCGCUGGAGAGAUCCAGUUGACCAAAUUGGUCUCGUCAGCUACCUUGUAUACAACGGUGGCUACGUCUUUUCUCUUUUCAUUGGUAUUCUCCUCGGUCACCUUGUCACUCCUGCUGCUGGUGCAGGUGCUGGUUUUGGUAUCUUCAUCGCUUGCUCUCUCAUCUCUGCCUUUGUUGGUAAGGCUCCUACUGUUCCUGCUCCUAGAUUCUGGGGUAAGAACGCCGUUCUCAGCCGCUUUUGGUACGCGGCGUUUUACUCGGGCCAACAACUCCGCAAUGAUCUGAACAACGUCAUCUCCAAUGGCGGCAAGAACUGGAAGAUCCACUGGGUCUGGCCUAUCUGCCUCAAAUAUAUCACUGGUCCUGCCGUCGCUCUGGUUUUCUCUUUUGCGUAUCCCAAGUUCCUCAACAGUUAUCGCAACAACCCUCCCUACAUCUACAGCUUCGUUCUCAUGCACAUGGUUGUUCUCUUUAUUGUCGGUGCUUUUGUUGUACCUCGCUUCUUCAACAUUCUCAUCCCUUCGCACCGACUGGAGCGUGGUGAUGGCAAGUAUGAUGUUGCACCCCAGAUGACCAUCGACAACGCACCUAUUGUUAACAAUGGUGGCAUUGAGGAGGGUCAUGCUGAUAUGCCGCAGCACAGCAAUGGCGAGGGUAGUUUUGAUGGUGACAAGGCUACUUUUAGGGAUGAUACUACCAGAACUAGUCCCGAUAUGGCUCGUCCUGCACAGUAA